UGCUGUUGUAUUGCCAGUAACAGUAUAUAUUGUUUAUUCAGGGGUAGCCACCAUUAACUCAUUGUGAAUUGAAAGAGUUAAUCUUUUCUGGCCUAUUGCUGUAAAGACAGAAGUAUCUGUAUAUUCUCAGCUGUCAUUCUUUUGUUUCUUGCCCUCUGGGAGGGCACAUUAUUCCCCAGGGACUUAAUUGCAGUGAACGAAUAACUGUUGAGACAUUAACAUUAAAUUAAAAAAUUUGCUUACCAGCACUAAGCAAAUUGGCACUUGAGCAGUAACCCAUAGCAACCAGUCAUUGAUUGACUUUAUUCAGCCUGGUGCAGGCAGAACAAUGGAAGAAAACGUUUGAUUGGCCCUGUGUUGGUAAAUGAGCCCCCAUUACAAUUGUUUUAACCUAUGCAAACCAUAUUAGGGAAUACGGACUUGUUGGCCUUUUUGACUGCCAUCAAUUUCCAUGGCAUAUUCUGAGACCUUGUGAAUCGUCAUAGAGAGAAAACUUCCCCAUCUGUCAUUGCCCCCUCUUUAAUUCCUAGUGGGUUAAAUCCUGCACUCUCCAGCAGUUCCCACAUGCAUCCAAAGCAGGGCAUGAAACUGGAAGCUGUGAUGGAGCAGCUCCAAAAACAGCAACAGCAAGCUGCCCGAAGUAUGGAGGAGCGUGAGAGACAAAUCAGAGAAACCCAACGCUUAUAUGCACAGCAACUGGCAUCCCAACAUGCAAUGAAAUCCAUACCAGGGCCUUCUCCAAACUCAUCGGGUAGGACACACCUGCCAGUAGGACCACCCCAUAGUGCUAGUGAUCCUGAAGAUGAUGAUGAUGAAAUGGAUGGAGAUGGGAGUGACGAAGACGACUCGUAUGAAGAGAGGGAAGAUAGUAGGGAAGCACAUGGUACCACACUGGCACAGAAAUACCUCCAAGCUCAACGCGAGCUCCAAGGCAUAACCGUUCCCAAUCGACAAGGGAAUCAUCGGUCUUUAACAGUAAAAGAGGAGCCUGUAGAGGAAAACUUCAGUGCUUCUCCUGCUAAUAUCAACAAGCCGCACACAGAGGAACAUAUGAAACAGGAAAAUUCUUCUUGGUGUGAAGAUCCCGAUGGCCGUAACAGAGAAACAUCAAGGGAUUUUGCAAAGUUAUACGAACUGGACAGUGACCCUAAACGCAAGGAGUUCCUCGACGACCUCUUCCUGUUCAUGCAGAAGAAAGGUACACCGAUAAGCCGUAUUCCUAUCAUGGCAAAGCAGUUGUUGGACCUCUACAUGCUAUAUAAACUUGUGACCGAGAAAGGUGGUCUUGUGGAGGUGAUCAACAAAAAGAUCUGGAGAGAGAUUACCAAGGGGUUAAACCUUCCUACCUCUAUCACUAGCGCAGCCUUCACUUUACGUACACAAUACAUGAAGUACCUUUACAUUUAUGAGUGUGAGAAGAAAUCUCUUAGUUCGCCGGCAGAAUUGCAGGCUGCUAUUGAUGGCAACAGGAGAGAAGGCAGACGCCCAAGCUAUGGAUCAUCAUCUUUUAGCUAUUCUCCAACUCCACAAGGUACCGCUGGACUACUCGCAGCAAACAAGGUUCCUGUAGCCAUAAUGGGAGGUCACUCCAGUACUCGCAUCUCACCCGGGACAGCUUUGAGAAAAGGUGACAAUCCUAUUGGCUUGAUGUCAGGCCGCACAGCACUUUCUGUGGGCACACAACAGACCCCUCCUGGUGUACGUACAGCAUCCCUUGAACAGUUGAAGGAAAGGCUGGAGAGGGACGAGCCUCCGGAAAAGCGAGCUUCUCGAAUGGCUGUAGAGGAGCAGCAAAGGCUCAUACAGCAAGCUCUUCAGCACAAUCUGCUUAGCAUGGCCCGACAAAUACCUAUGAAACUGAAAAUCAAUGGCAAAGUAGCACAGGACCGACAAGAGGCAGCUCUGAAUCUGGGAACAAGCAGCAUCAAUAUGUCUAUUGAAAUUAAUGGCACCAUGUAUACAGGUAUUCUGUACGCUCAGAAACCAGUUCCUUUAAUUGCGGGGUACACUGGACAGAGUGUGGGGAGUGGCAGCAGCAACACUUCCCAGGCAUCACAGAGCCCCACUUCCUCUAGGGGAACUCCAGGGGCUGAGCCAUCCACCAGCUGGUCCAUCUGAGCUCCCAUACUAUGGGGAGAGCGAGAACCAAAAUUUGGGGGAAAUAUGUUUUUGGUUUUUUUUUUUUCUACAUACCUCCUUCGCAAGAAAGCGUUACACAACCGUACCUACCUCAGCUUGCAGAAAGACAUUAACUUGGCUUACCUCACAUUAUGGAAAAGUUAACACAACCGACUUACCUCGUGUUUUCAAAUGGCAUUACACAGCUUCAAUGAUGUACAGGAUACAGGGGGACAAGAGGGUUAGCAAAACCUCUCAUUUGGGGCAGCAUCUCUCUUGUGCUCUAUGGCAUUUUGGGAGUGUAAAUGUACAGUUAAUAGAUGUCCUGCCACGGCACUCCUCAUUCUCCUAAGUAUUUUUAAAUUCUAUAGAGGAGAUCAACUUUGGUUUUUUUUAUGGGGAAAGGCACAAUAAAGAAGGGGUCAUCUAAUUUGUGAAACUUAAGAAAUGCAAAAUGGUGGUGAGGACAUUUCUACUAACCCUGGGAUGUAUACCUACCCAUGACUCCUUAGAGCACUAGAAUCUACGUUCCCCCUUGUUGCUGUUGCGCUAACCUCAGAAUUAUUGACUUUUAUAUAGGGUGGAACAACUAAAACCAUGGGUGGUUUAUGGCAAGUUUUUAAGUGUCCUAUCAUUGAAGACUGACUUUUUUUUUUUUCUACGGAUACACCUUUUAUUCACAUGUUGAAAGGUGCAGUCUCGCUUUUGCUGUUCUAGAUAUUUAAUUUGUGUAUUUAGCAUUGCUGAUACUUGUCACUAACCUACAGCAAGCUUUUUUUUUUACUUAAGACAAAAAAAGAUACUAUAAUGAAGUUAAUAUCUAUCACCAAAGACCAGAAGGGUAUAUUGUGUCUUCUGCCUCGGCUGUAGAACACGGCACCUUUCUAAACCACCGUGGGGCUCAUUUAUAAUCACUGGGCAAAUUUGCACCCGGGCAGUUACCCACAUCAACCAAUCAGGUGAUUGCAGCUGGCUGUAACAAUCUAAUCUAGGGCAUGGGAGCAUUGGGUAUGAUGGGAAUUUGUUUUACCUUCAUUAGUGAAUUUUCUCAGAUCCAUGGUUGCCCAAGUUUCUACAAUAGAUUGCUGCAAUUCAAUUCAAAAACUGAUAUGUCAGAUACUCUUCACAGCACAUUAGAAGAACAAAAUGACAAAGGCCUGUAUUUUUUUUUUUUUUAAAGAUAUAUUACAACUGUCCAUAUUUAUGCUUCUGUUUGCCAGAAAACCUUCAUGUAUUUUGUGAGGUUGGAGCAUAACGAAUCCUCUUUUUUGGGACACUUUUUAAGAUCAUAUUAACAAAAAUAAUGCUUGGAUCAAAUUGGUUUUUACAAAUGGUUUUAGCUCAUUAAUUCGAUUUUUUUAAACACUUGUUGAUUUCGGCAACAUUGGCAUUUCCAACAUGCAUUGACUUUUAUAUUUUUUUUUUUUAAACAGCAGUUAUGCACAAUUUUAAAAACUGUUUGCUAGAGUUCCAAAACAUUGGCCCUGAUUUGCUAUAUAUACAACACAACUAUGUAAAUUAUUGGAUUGAUGAAAUCAUGCCUUUAAGCUGACUCGGUGCAAAGUAGUCUCCAAAUGUGUUGUGAAUCUUUUCAGAGGCCAUCUUUAUGACAAUCGCAUUGCCUGUAGGGGCACAUUGAAUCCUCAAUCAUAUGUUUGUGACUUUUUGAUUUGAUAUAUUUUGUGUGUUUUAUUAAUUUUGGAUAAUUUCAAAAGUAUUGAUGAAGCAAAGCAUUUUGGUGCGUGUCUGAGCUGUUACACGCUUUUAGGAGGUG